GGGGGGGGGAGAGGAAGGGAAGAAGAGGUGGGAAAAGAUUAUGCUCUGAAUUUCCCUGUUCCUUUUCCUAUUGGUGUUCCUCUUCACCUUUCUAACUCUUCUGGUCCCAUCUAGGGCAGAGGCCACUGGCGCAGUGCCAGUGUCCUUGCCUCACAUCAGCUGUUGGCUCUGUUAAGCCCCCUUCUCCUGGGUCCUGGGCUCAAGAGGGUUGGACAUGUGUUUUUCCUGGAUAAGUCGUCUUUGGGAGAAGUUGAGGUUCCUGUUCUUCCCCUGGAAAGAUAUCCCAUUUUCUAUCCUGAUGACCUCUGGCUCCAUAGAAAAAGUGUUAAAAGAGAUGGGAGAGUCAAACAGGGUGGUAAAGGAGAAUGUGAGGGGCCAGUCAAGCAUUCUGCUUCAGAAGUCCCAGACAGCUAUACAUAAUGUCACCAGUUUCAUGGAAUCCUUCCUGCAUUUUGCUAGGAAGUUUGGGAUGGGAAAGACUGGUUCUUCACAGCCUUCUUCACUGGGGCUUCCACAAUGCUUGGAUUCAAAAGAGGCGGAGAUGCUGAGGGAUCUGUAUGUGGUGCUUUGGACAGUGAGGGAGCGGAUCCGGGAGCUAGUCCGACGGCAGGAGAGACGGAAGCGGCGGCAUUCCCGAACCCUUGUCUGUACCUCAUCACCUCAAAGCUCUAAACUGGAUGCCCGCAGUCCCCUUUAGGGGACCUACACCCUCAGGCAGCCCUUCUCCUUCUGCUCUUGUGCGGACCCCCAACUCCGGCCAGGCCCCUGGGUGAAGGAUCAGAGCAGCAGGCCGGGGUUGGGGCGUGAGCAGAGUUCUUUGAUUUUUUUUUUUUCCUCUGAUGAGGACGUCCAGGACGGGGUCUGGAGUGCCGCAGACCCUUUGGGAUGAGGGAUGGAUAGCACUUCACAAUGUUUCUUUAGAUUAAGUAGAGUCCUGAAUUAAGUGA